AACUGAGUUUUGAAUGAACUGUAAAGAUUCGAAAUAUAAUAUCAUCAUUUUAGUUUCUUUUAAAUAUAAAUUGAUCGUGAAUUUAAAUGGUUUUUCAUUAUCCUUUAUAACAGUGCUUUAAAAUAUUCUGCAGAGUUGAAGAUGUCACAGCUAAGCAAUCCUAGUAUUGGAUUUGGAUUGAAGUUUUUGAAAAAAAUUAAUUCUGCAUCUGAUUCAACCAACUUACUUUUGUCACCAUUAAGUGUUAUCAUUGCCUAUUGUAUGGUAUUGGAAGGAGCCGCUGGUGAAACAGAAAAACAAAUCAAAGAAGUUCUCAAUUUGGAUGAAAUUGAUAACCAACAUGGAGGUAUUUCUGAAAUAAUCAAACAGCUGUUAGAAAGCUAUAAAACAAAUAAAAAUUUCAUUCUAGAGUUUGAUAAUUUACUUGUGGGCAACACAAAAUUCAAGCUAAAAGAUACUUUUGUUCAAAGCUUACAAACAAACUAUUCUGCCGAUGCAUUCAAUGAGGAUUUUACCAAUAAUGGAAAAAAUGUUCUAGAAAAAGUCAACUCCUGGGUUUCCGAAAAUACAAAAAAUAAAAUUGCAACUAUUCUCAACGAACCGCCAAAACCUGAUGCUGUGUGUUUGCUAUUAAAUGCAAUUUACUUUGAAGGUAGCUGGUUGAACCCUUUUCCUAAAAGGUGUACACAUGAUAAGAUAUUCAAUAAUUCAGAUGGAUCAACAACUAAGGUUAAGAUGAUGCUUCAUGCAGGUAGAUACAACUUUUUAGAAUGCCUUGAAAAAAAAUUAAAGAUUGUCGAGAUUCCAUAUGGUGGAAACAUGAGCAUGAUAUUGAUUCUUCCAAUUGGUGACAACAAUCUGAAAAAGAUGGUCGAUAAUUUAGACUCAACUGAGCUUUCCAGAUUGAUAGAUUCGAUGACAAGAACGCGUUUGGAUAGUUUGAUGAUACCAAAAUUCAAACUGGAAGACAAACACCAACUACACAAAAUUUUACCAAGCAUGGGAAUGAUUCUACCAUUCGACCAAGGGAAUGCCGAAUUUCCCAAAAUUACUGAAAGAUUAGUAUACAUAUCGCAAUCAAUACAAAAAGCUUUAAUUGAAGUCACUGAGACUGGUACUGUAGCAACUGCGGUAACUCAACUUGAAGCAGUGCCCUGCAGUGCACCAUCAAAAGUCAUUAAUUUCAUUGCGGAUCGGCCAUUUCUAUUUUUCAUUCGUGAUAAUCUGACAAGAGUCAAUCUAUUCAUGGGCCAAUUGAAUAAUAUGUCUUCUAUCCAGUCGCUCUGAAAAGUAACCUUAUAGUAUAACCUUAUUUCCGUUAUUAUCCCUUCCUUAAACCUUAUUUUCUCUUCACUUAUUAUUCGAAUCAAAAUUUACACGAUCUAUUGAGAAUAUAAUAUGUAUAUUUACUCAUUGAUUUUACUAAUUUUCAAAUUGUUGACAUUUUGACAUUCAUUCGCUAGCACCAAAAUCGGUAAAUCAAUUAUCUUUUAAUCAUUCCAAUGAAAAUUUACAAUUGCAAUGUAAAAAAUUGUUAUAUAUGGAAUUAAUACAUGGUUGUUACUAUUAAUUAAAAGAAACACAAUUGUCACCUU